AUGCCCAUCGCAGAGCUCUUGGGAUCUCUCCAGAUCGACAUGCAGCUGCUGUUGAAGCUGGGUUUCUCCGUGGCUGCCGUGCUGCUUGUUUCCUGGGCCUUCAGGUUCUACAGCUCCAGGGAUGUUCAGAAGAUUCAGCUCUACUCCAAAGACAGCAAGGGGGCACAGAAAGGCACCUGCCAAAAGUGCAAGACGACGCUGCGAUGUCGAAGCUCGCCCACAGACUCGGCCACUGAUCACCUGACAUCUCCCAGCCCAGAGGAAACGGCAGCAGAGAGCUGCACACACCACGAGACGACGGGAGCUGCAUCUCGUACGUCGUGUAAUGACCACGAGGUCAGCAGGAAAGCAGAGGCAAUCGCUAAUCACAAGCCAACAACGCCUGCCACCAGUAAUAUUUCAUUCGGAUCUGCUUUGAACAUUCCUGAUCCAGCAGAGAGCGGGAUGCCCAGUGCAACAGGGCGCCGUUCCCCAUGCUUUUUGCAGAAGCUGCAGGGCGGUGUGGGUGUGGGCCGGGAGUUGAGGCAAGACGUGGAGCGCCAGGGGGGCUAUUCCAGCUUCCUCUCCAAGGCAAAGAUCAAAGUGGAGGAUGCUAACGUGAUGCUGGAAGGAACAGGAGAGCAGGUUGUGCGCGGAAAGAUCUAUGAUUACUACGUGGAGUCUUCCUCUCACUUUGUUACGGACUCCAACACUGAGAGGAGCUCUGAGCCGCAGCCAGUGGAGUUUGGAAGCCGUGGGAGCAGUCUGACAGAUUCUCCUUCCUCUCUGAGCCCCAUCGUUAUGCGGGACCUGGUUUUCCCACAAAGCCCUGCUGAGGAGCUCUCCUCACCAGGAGGCCGUCAGCUCCGGCACCCUGCAAGGCCUCCACUCCCACGCAGUGAGAGCUAUCUGUAUGCAGCAGAGCAGUGUGAGCUCUCCGUCCCCUUUGUAACUUCAACCGCUUCAACUCCAGUGAUUCACUCUCUGGCCUCGACAAGCAAGGAGCUCAUCUCUGGUCCCGCCAUGAUCGGUUCCUCUCCAGACAGCAGAGGCCCUGGUGUGAGGAAGGAGGCUGAUCUGGAGACUGUAACAGGAGCUCCACUUUUACCCCUCCCAGCAAAAAGCCUCAGUGACACAGAUUUCGAAAGCUUGAAGAGCACACUUGAUCUGGGGAACUGUUUGGAGACGCUGUACCUGGCCAAAAAACACGGCCGGACCCCUAUGCAGAAGGCCGCCCUGGGGGUCAUGUCAGACAACUACUUCCAGGUGCUCAGAGACCCCGACAUUUAUGGGCGACUAAUGGCCGGUGAGCGGGAACAAAUCCAGAAGCAAAGAAAACGGGGGAGAAGAUUCAUCAUGGUGGCAGAUAUGGACCCUCAAGACUGGUCGAGGGACCCAGGGGAGCGGAGAGCGGAGACCGAGCCGAGGAAGACGUCCAGUGCACUCUACUAUUACGAUGACAACAAAGACUCCUGGCAAACCCUCGGCCUGAUCCCACAGGAAGUCGUCUCUAAUGCCUGCGCCAUGUGCACAAUGGAUAACUACUUAUUUGUGGCGGUGGGCUGCCAAGGCGCAGACAGAGACAGGACACCCUCAAAGCGAGUGUUUUGCUUCAAUCCUUUGACGUCCAUUUGGAAGGAGAUCAGUCCCAUGAAUGAGGCCAGACCUCGUUGCAAACUGGCAGCUCUGGAGGGCUACGUCUACGCCAUAGGAGGGGAGUGCCUCUCCUCGGUGGAGCGCUACGACCCGCGAUCGGACAGAUGGACAUUCGUGGCUCCACUGCCUAAUGACACAUUUGCUGUGGCACAUCACGUCACCGUGAGCAACGGAGAGCUGUUUGUUUCCGGGGGGACUCUGAGAUAUAUGCUGCUGCGCUACAGCCCCAAAACAAACACCUGGAGGCCGAGUGUGUCGGUCGGCAGCCGAGACAGAACCGCGGAUAUGGUGGCCGUGGGGAGAUUCCUGUAUCGGUUUGAUGUUAACCCCAUGCUGGGCGUCAGUGUGUACCGCUACCACACUGUGGCUCGGCUGUGGUACGAGUGCUGCUCCAGACGGCUGCUGCACUGCCCCGUCUUCCAGUGCGUCACCGUGGAUGACUUGAUUUAUUGUGUCAGCCGCCAGUUCACCAUGAAGUUCGAGGCUGAUGAGAUCUCUCCUGGUUUCACAGAUGAGGAUUUGAGUGUCCUCUCUGCAGCCAAGGGCAUACUCUUCCCCUUUGUCCUCUCGCUGCCUGAUAAGAAGCCUCGGCAGACCAGUGUGUAG